AUGAAAUUAGGAAAUUCUACAGAAGUUGAUUCUUUCAUGGCCAUUUUAUUUGAUAAAACGAAACUUAAACCUACUAAUGGCUUAGAUACACAAAAUCACGGUGAUACGAUAGAAAUUAUUUUAAUUGAAUUGCUUCCUAAAACUUACACAGAAAGUCAUGCAUAUCAAUUAGUAUGUUUGAAAAAGAAAGAACAAACUGUUACUUUUUAUAACGUUACGCCCAUACAAAACAAUCAAAAUUUGUGCCCAGACUUUAUUUACAGCUUACAGUUACUAAAUGAAGAAAUUGUUCUGAAUGGAAACAACGAUCAUGAUUCUAAGUCCUACAUAUGGCUGUUGAAUAAAGUGUUACCUCAAGUUAUUAGAUGGACAGACCAACCCGUAAUAAGUCAGAUAAACACAUCAGCUUCUAUUAAAGAUUCUUUGAGUCUUGUGCCAAAUAAUGAAUAUUAUACAAAAUACAAUUAUCUUAAACUUAAAUAUGGCAAGGAGAUGGUUAAGAUUUGGCCUGAAGGUACUGAUCCAAUAAAAUUUGUUUAUGAAGAUGUUGCUAUAGCCACAUAUUUAUUGCUUCUUUGGGAUAGGAAAAAUUUGAAUAAAUUAACUAAACCAGUAUCUUUUGUUGAUGUUGGUUGUGGAAAUGGAUUGCUUGUGUAUAUUUUAACUAAGGAAGGACAUAAAGGAUUAGGAGUAGAUGUACGUAAGAGAAAAAUUUGGAAUAUGUAUGAUGAGGAUAUAAAACUAGAAGAAACAACUGUGACACCGGACAAUAUCCAAAAGUUUUCAGAAUUUGACUGGAUAAUUGGUAACCAUUCAGAUGAAUUAACACCAUGGAUACCUGUUAUGACAGCAAAAUCAUCAUACAAUUGUAGCUUUUUUUUACUUCCAUGUUGUGCUUAUAACUUUGAUGGUACUAAGUAUCAGCGACAGAAUUCAUCAAAAAGUCAAUACAAUGAAUAUUUAGAUUACAUCUAUAAACUAUGCCAAGAUUGUGGUUUCCAUACUGAAAUGGACAGACUAAAAAUACCUAGCACUAAAAGAAUAUGCUUUAUUGGCAGAAGAAGAAAGUAUAUGGAACAUGAAUAUGAUAACUAUCAAACUACAAUUUCUUAUUUAGUUAAUAAUAGAAAUAAAGUCAUAAGAAAUGAACAUGAACAUUUAGAAAUAGAUGGUUUCAAAACAAGAGACCCUGUAGAAAAAGUAAGAAAUUGCACUCAAGUUGAUAAAAAUGUUAUAGAGUCAAUUAUCAAGAACAUUACCACAUUUCUUUUGGAUGGAUGUGAUUUUAAAAGCGAGUGGACUCCAGGAAAAGAAUUACAUAUUUUUGAGUUAAUUGAUAUUAUUCCUCAAGAUAAAUUAAAAGUUUUAAAAGCAGAAUGUGGUGGAAUACAAACUUUGUUGAAAAAUAAUCAUCAUAUUUUUAAAGUUCAAAAUGGAAAAGUUACAUUAAGACAACCAAAGUCUAUUGAAGAAACUACAAAAAAUAUUAAAAAACAAGGUAAAAAUAAUAGUGUCAUAAAAGUACAAGUAAGACCAUGUUGGUUUUAUAAUAAUCACCCACAAGGUUGUCCUCUGAGUGAUACUAGCUGUAGCUUUUUACAUACACACUGA